AUGGGCAAGGACUACUAUGCAAUCCUGGGGGUGUCCAAGGGGUCGGACGAAAAUGAACUCAAGAAGGCGUACCGCAAGCUGGCCAUGAAGUGGCAUCCGGACAAGAACCCUGACGACAGAGCUGCGGCGGAGGCCAAAUUCAAGGACGUCUCGGAGGCUUACGAGGUGCUGUCUGACCCCCAAAAGCGCGAAAUCUUCGACCGCCACGGGGAGGAGGGCCUCAAGAACGGCGGCUUUGGCGGCGGCGGCGGCGGGGGCGGCGGCGGCGCACACUUUGGGCGCUCACCCGAGGAGCUGUUUGCAGAGAUUUUUGGCGGCAUGGGCGGCAUGGGCGGCAACCCCUUCGGCUUUGGCGGCCCGAUGGGGGCCAUGGGGGGUAUGGGGGGCGACCCCUUCGGCGGCAUGGGCGGCAUGGGGGGCCCGUUUGGCGGCAUGGGUGGGAUGGGCGGCAUGGGUGGGCGGCCGCAGGGGCCGCGCAAGGACCCUCCCAUUGAGGUGAAGCUGGCCUGCACCCUGGAGGAGCUGUACAGCGGCACGACCAAGAAGAUGAAGAUCAACAGACAGACCUCCAACGGGCGCGCAGAGGAGAUCCUGGAGAUCCACAUACGGCCCGGCUGGAAGAAGGGCACCAAGAUCACGUUCCCUGAGAAGGCCCCACUCGCCAUGCCGCACCACUCUACACACGCACCCUCACGCACGCACAUGCACGCAAUCUACAAUUGCUGCCCACCCUGCUGA